AUGAUGCGCGCAGCCCGCUACUACGGCAAAGAAGACGUGCGCAUUGAGGAAAUACCUCGCCCUCAAUUGCACCCUGGCCAAAUUCUCAUAAAGCCUUCGCAUGUGGGAAUCUGCGGUACGGAUUUACACGAGUAUAUCGCUGGUCCGACUUUCGCACCAAUCGAACCCCAUGCAGUAACGAGAGAAACAGUCCCCAUAGGCUUUGGUCACGAAUUCAGCGGCACGAUCUUGGAAGUCCAUGCAGAUGUGCCCGACGCUUCAAACUUCCAUGUUGGACAGAAAUGCGCUAUUCAACCUACGAUUUUCUGUCAGAGUUGUGGGGCGUGUAGGAAUGGUGUGGAGAAUGCUUGUGCAAAUGGUGGAUUCAUUGGAUUGAGCGGAGGAGGUGGUGGCUUGAGUGAAGCAGUCGCAGUGCCAUGGGAUGCAGUGUUGCCCUUACCAGAGAACGUCGAGCUAGACACCGGAGCACUCGUCGAACCCCUCUCCGUGGCCUGGCACGCCGUCUCAGCCUCCCCCCUCGUCUCCCUUGGCCCCCAAAACGCCUCCGUUCUCGUCCUCGGCGGCGGCCCCAUCGGCCUCGCAGUCGUCCAGGUCCUCGUCGCCCACGGAACAAAGAAAAUCAUCAUGAGCGAAAUCGCCGCACAGCGACAAGCCUUUGCCAGAGAAUUCGGCGCACACCACGUCAUUGCCCCAAACGUCUACGAUGUAGUGGGAGUUUCGCGCGAGCUCUGUCGUGGAGAAGGUCCUGAUAUUGUGUUUGAUUGUGCUGGCGUACCUGCUAGUUUUGAGACUGCAUGCAAGGCAAUCAAGGCGAGAGGUACGGUUGUCAAUGUUGCUAUUUGGGAGAAGCCGGUGAGUUUCAAUCCCAACAGUUUGGUGUUUAAUGAGGGAAAGUAUGUUGGUGUGUUGGGUUAUCAGCGCAAGGACUUUGUGGAGGUCAUCAAGGCUGUUGCUGAUGGCAGGUUGCAACCCAACAAGAUGAUCACAAGGAAGAUUCCUCUGGAUGAUUUGGUUGAGAAGGGUAUUCUGGCAUUGAUCAAAGAGAAGGACAGACAUGUGAAGAUCUUGGUUGAUCUGGAGAUGGCUUGA